AUGUGUUCUGAUGAUAAUUUAUACAAAGAAAAUCAAUCACAAUGGCACAUUCUUUGUGGUCAGCUACUGAAGGAGCGUAAUCAAAAUCCUCAGUUACAACUGAUCUAUGUUGAUUUCACCUAUUGUUUAUACAAGCUCAAUGAUAUUAUUAUUUUGCCUACAACUGAAAAUAACAAUAAUGUAAUUGUUCCACGAGCGCGGACAACAUCACCGCCACAACGACUGGAAAAUAAUAAAAGUAUCAACAUUUUACUUCUUGGAGAAUCAGGUGUUGGAAAAUCGACUUUUAUCAAUGCUUUUGUUAACUAUCUCAAAUUCGAUAAGCUCAAAGAAGCAGAGAAGAAACCUAUCAUACUCAUACCUGUUUCAUUUAUUAUGACAACUGAUGAUAAUUUUACCGAACGCUUAAUCAAAUUUGAGGGAAAUGAUACUUUAAGUAAUGAAGAUCAUGAUCAUCUUGGUCAAUCAGUAACUCAACAUUGCAAAUCAUAUGUGUUUACUCUUCGAGAUGGUGAGAGUCGUGGUCAAAAAUUGAGAAUUAUUGACACUCCUGGAAUCGGAGAUACACAUGGAUCGGGUCAAGACGAUGUAAAUCUACAACAUAUUUUAUCAUACAUUACUAAUCUGACACACUUGAAUGCCAUUUGUAUUCUAUUAAAACCAAACAACGUACGACUUAACAUUUUCUUUCGUUCGUGUUUUACACAAUUGAUCGAUUUGUUGGGUGAAAAUGCUUGCGACAGGAUUAUGUUUUGUUUCACCAACUCACGUUCAACAUUUUAUACACCAGGAAAUACAGCUCCUGCACUCAAAGCUUUACUUCAAUCGCUUACAGUGAAAAAGAUUCUUUUUGCCAAACAGAAUACGUUUUGUUUCGAUAGUGAAUCAUUUCGUUACUUAGUUGCAAGACUGAAUAAGAUCGAUUUCAAGGACAUUGAAGAAAAAGAAUACAAUGAUAGUUGGAAGAAAUCAUCCAGUGAAUCAAAUCGUCUUCUCAAAUAUAUUCGCACUAACAUGUCUGAAGGUAUUAUUCCUAAUGCAUCACAUUCGUUGAAGUAUACACAACUCAAAAUUAAUUUGAUGAUUCGACCUAUGUUAGAAGCAAUGCGAAAUAUUCUUCGUAAUAUUAUUUUAUGGAAUGCAGGAUCACGUAAAUUUUCUAUAGAAUUAUGUCCUAGAAUUAUCAAGGGUACAACAGCUAUUUGUCUAAAAUGUCCCCAUGAAUAUUUUCAAGUAGCUGACUUUUGGAUUACAAUGGAUUGUUUACAUGUCUUUCACAAUAAAUGUCGAACUUGUCAAUGUGAUCCGUCUGCUCACUAUCCAAUUGAUUAUGAACUUGGAUAUAAACGAUGUGAUUGCUUACCAAGCACAUCGGAGAAGGACAUGACAAGAAUGCUUGAUGAUUUGUGUCAGACGAGUGCUGAAUUUGCUGAUUUUCUGUUGGGACCAGCUGACGCUUUACAGAUUGAUCCAUUCUUUGUAGGCUUGAACCGAAUGAUUAAAGAAGAAGAUAAUAUCUGCGCUACGAAGAGUUCAUACGAACUCAACUCAAAUCUAAUACAAAUGCUUGAAAAGCUCAAAAAUAUAUAUGGAAGCACAAGGAAGAAAAUGGCUUCCAAAAAAGAAUGCAUCAAACUAGAUAACAUAGAUGAAAAAGUUGAAAAUGUAAGCAGAUAUGAAAUGAUAAAAGUACAGAUGGCUGCUGUCAGACAAUGGCACGAAUUUAUGAUAAAAUAUUAUGAACAUGAGGUGUUAAUUUGA